AAAUAGUAAUUCUUAACAAAGCAAUACAUUCUCUUUCCGUCAAAAUUAAAAAAAAAAAAAAAAUUCCAUUUUUGUCUCUCUAAGGAAACACGAGUUCACGCCCCCUGAAAAUCUUAGCUAUAUUUAGGAUAGUUUUCAACCUUUUUUCCCUUUUUUAUUUUUAAUUUUUUCUUUCAUUUUUUUUUUCCAUAUUCGAUGCUUCUUGUUGUUCAAGCUAAGAAAAACUCUAUCUAGGGUUAGGGUUUAGAAAAUAAAAGUAUUGAUAAAAAAAUAUAAAAGAAAAUUUUGUGUAACCAGUAACCGAACGGAAGCCAUGGUUCUUCAAUGAAACAGGUGAUAAUCGUUAGCUCUGGGCUUCGACUUUUGGUACAAUUGGAACGGUGCGGCCUUUGGUUGUUCCUUUUGCUGUAAUUUAUAUAUGGCUGCUGCGAAUCCACAGCCACUGCAGGCGCGUCCGUUUGAGGAGCACGCGCGAGGGACGAUACAGAUCGAGGACGACGAUGGAGACUACGAAGAUGACACCAUGAAUGACGUUGAGGACGCGAAUGUCAACUCCGUGAAUGUGGCGGAGCAUGGAAUAGGAGUAAUAGGCGGCGUUAAUGGUGGAGGCGUUGUUAUGGCGUCGAGAACUAGCGAGCUUACUCUCUCUUUUGAAGGAGAAGUUUACGUGUUCCCUGCUGUUACACCUGAAAAGGUGCAAGCUGUGCUGUUACUCCUAGGGGGUUGUGAUAUCCCCACUGGUGUUCCAACAAUUGAAGUACCUUUUGAUCAAAAUAACGGGGGUGUAGGUGAUGUUUCAAAACGCUCAAAUCUUUCAAGACGAAUAGCAUCCUUGGUUAGGUUCCGUGAGAAAAGGAAAGAAAGAUGUUUUGACAAGAAAAUUAGGUAUACUGUACGGAAAGAGGUUGCACAAAGGAUGCAUCGUAAAAAUGGGCAGUUUGCAUCUUUAAAGGAAAGUACGAGUACUUCAAGUUGGGAUUCCUCACAAACUGGCCUUCAAGAUGGUUCUCCUCGUCCAGAAACUGUCGUCCGGAAAUGUCAACAUUGUGGUGUUAGCGAAAAUAAGACUCCAGCAAUGCGUCGUGGCCCAGCUGGUCCGAGGACUUUAUGUAAUGCUUGUGGGCUUAUGUGGGCAAAUAAGGGAACACUGAGAGAUCUUAGUAAAGGAGGAAGGAAUAUUUCCAUGGACCAAACUGAGCUUGAAACACCAAUUGAUGUCAAGCCUUCAAUUAUGGAAGGGGACUUCUCUGGUAACCGGGAUGAAAAUUUUAUGCAGGGAAAUCCUUCAAAGGAUAUCAUGGAUGGAUCCAAUAAUGCUUCUGUCAAUCCAAAUGAAGAAGUGGAUAUUUAUUUACAUAUUGAAGCAACUUACCAAGAUUCAGCAGAACAAUCCUCAGAAUUGAAAUAAAUUAGUGAACCAGUCUAAUAGGAACCUCUGGUUGAGCUUGCUAAUCCUUCAGAUACAGAAUUCGAUGCUCCUUCUAGUUUUGAUUAGAAGGUUACAAAUGGCUUUGCGCCAAUAAUUUAAGGAGAUGUGGGGUAUUAUACACACUUUACCCGGUUAGUUUCCCUCAUGUCUUCAUGCUUCGUACAGGUCAAAGUUUAUGAUGUUUAUAUGGAGGCAAAUAUAGCAGAUUGUGAGUUGUCAUAAUUAGGAAAAAACCGGCUAGACAUUGAAUCUUAAGUACGGUAAUCGACUAGUGUUGACUGGGAAAGACAUGCUGCUGCUGCUUUCAGGCUGAUAUUAGAUACUCUGAAGGUUCUCUUUGUUGAUAUAAGUGCAAGAAUCCGUGUACAAUUUGUUAGGAAAACUGCUUGAAUGCUUUUAACCCGUUUAUAAUAUGUGAUUUUAUUUUUUAUUAGGACAUAAAAGAUUAUAAAGUGAGAUGCUUAGUUUUUCUUGGC